AUGGGCAAAGAAGUACCCAUCGAGCAGCUCUCCGAAUGGUCUUGGGAAAACGUGGCCGAACAUCCUAUGGUCUGGCGCAAGCCCCUGGACCCCGACCGCCCCUUCCUCCAGGUCCACGGCUGCUGCGUCUUUAAGCUGACCACCCGGGACCCGGCGACCGGCGCGGUGGUCUCAGUCGUAGACGACGUCGCCAAGGUCCGCGAGAUCGUCUACGGCUUCCAGAAGCGGAUCUGGGCGGCGGAGAACAUCUACGCGCACCGGUGGAAGGAGGGCGACGUUGUGAUGUUCCACAACCGCGGCGUAAUGCACAGCAUCACCGGGCAGCUGGCGCAGUAUAAGGAAGAUGAGGAGAAGAAGAGGCUGAUGUGGCAAUUUCGCCACGGUGCCGAGAUUGGGUUCCUCGAGACUCUACGCAAUACUCUUCAGAGCACCACCGCCGACCCCGCCGCUUCGGUGAGAAGAGCAGCUGAUCUGGUGGCGUCUAGACUUGAAGCUCUACGAUCUAGUCCGGGACAGGCCAGCGCGAGUACUUCCCAGACAACAGCAAAUCUCGUCGAGUCUGGGAUUGCUGCCCGAGAUGACGACUCAGGGCAGGAGGACGCAGCGACCUCCCAUUCUAGAGCCCGCGGCUCGCUCACAGUGACUGCGCGGAAUCUCACCAGCACAUCCUCCACAUCUCUGUUCAGAUCACCCACCUACCCCGUCCCAUCCCUCGCUCUCCUCCCCGAGCGAAGCACCGCCGAGGUUCUAAUCACAUUCCACCUGGAGCACAUCGCAUGGCACCAUAACUCCCUGCACUGCCCAACCUUCCUGCGGCAGUGCACCACCUUCUGGGACACCGGCGCGUACGACCAGCCGACGUGGCUCGCUCUCUACAGCUCGGUGCUCGCCGCGUCGCUGCUGAGCUGGCAGAACAGCUGGAAGCACCGCGACGCGUUCCCGCUCGCCCUGCCGGGGUGUUCGCCGCUGGAGUUGUUCAACUUCAUGGUCGACACGCUCUACCAGGCGUACUUCCUUCAGAACGUGUCGCUCUACUCUGUGCAGGCCAUUGUGAUAUCGACUGAAGUGGCUCACAAUCUGGGCCUUAGCCAGCUGAACGCCACCCUUUUCAGCGCUGCGAUCCGGAUGGCCGAGUGCUUGGGCAUACACAAGAUCACAGACGACAGCAAUCUCGACUUGCAGACACUAGAGGAGAUAUGGGAAGAUACCCUGCAGAGAGAGGUCGGGCGCAGGGUGUGGCUUCAGAUGGUCAUCCAAGACCACUUCGCGAUCCCCUUCACCGACUCGUAUGGCAUCAACCCCGCCCAAUACUCGACCUCCCUCCCCAGGAACGCCAACGACGUAGACUUGGUGGAUGCGCCGGAGACGACGCUGACGGUGAGCACGUAUACUCGUGUGUUGGGCGGUAUCGCGCGGCUGAUGCCGGAGCUCGCGGACGGCAUGGGGCCGUUGAGGGCGCAGAAGCCGGCGAGGGAGCAGUAUGCCCACGUCCUGAGGAUGGACCAGAAGACGAGGGAGCAGGUGCAAUCGAUACCGCGUUUCCUUCUUCAGAAAAACGAGGUACUGGAAGGCGAGUGCGCAUGGCUUGGCGUUGCGCGGCAGAGUCUUGCCAUAACGGCAGCCGAAAAGCUUGUCAUGAUACACAGGCCAUUCCUCUUCCUCUCAUUCCAAUCAGACUCGUACGUCCACACGCGCCGCACCUGCGUCGCAGCCGCAGUAAGCAUCCUCCGCGAACACAAAAACAUCGUGGAGUCAGGCGAAGUCUCUCUCUGGAAAAACGUCGCAUUCAGCAUCACCGCCGCCAUCAUCCUCUUCUUCGAGGUCAUCUGCGAUCAGAGCAAGGAACGAGACGCCCGGCAGGAGGGUUACCUCGACGCCAUCCGCGAUGCGCGAGAGCAUCUCCUGGGCCGGACGACGAACGAUGUUCUAGCGCACCGCGGGGUGGUGCUGAUCGAUGCUAUCUUUUCCGAGGUAGGAGGCAUGGAGUCGUUCUCGGACCGAACGCUUGCUGCGCGGCCUGACGCGAUCAACUUUGAGGAGAUCGCGGCUAGAUUCAAGACGGAUUGGUUUGUGCUUGAUUCUACGGCGGCUAGUUUUGGGCAGUUUGAUGUUGCGGAGGAUCACUUUGCCUUGCCUAUGAAUCCCUCUGAGGAUUUUGACGAAUGGUUCCAGCAAAUCUUUCACUCGAUCAUAGUUGAAUAG